AUGUCUGCCGCAUUACGUCUUCCAUUCCUCUUGCGCAGCUCGUCCCGAUCACUGGGAUCAAUCAGGAAACCCCUCAUACAGAUCCCCGCAUCGCGAACAUUCGCAACAAAACACCCUAAGGGCUUCGUUCCGCCCACUGAAGAUGAACUGCUAGAGCUACGGGAACGUGUACAGGAAUUUACCAGGCGCGAGAUUACCGAGGAAGUAGCCGCACGGACAGAUGCCCAGAAUGAGUUCCCGGCGGAAAUGUGGAAGAAACUGGGUGAUGCUGGGUUCCUUGGUAUCACCGCCAAUGAAGAAUAUGGCGGACUCUCAAUGGGUUACCAGGCACAUUGUAUAGUUAUGGAAGAGCUUAGCCGUGCAUCAGGAAGUAUCGCCUUAUCCUAUGCUGCGCAUUCUCAACUUUGUGUCAACCAGCUCUCCUUGAACGGUUCACCUGAGCAAAAGGAGCGGUUUUUGCCUGGUCUUCUGUCUGGUGACAAAAUUGGUGCUUUGGCUAUGUCGGAGCAUUCUGCCGGGUCUGACGUUGUUAGUAUGAAAACGACGGCCAAGGCGGUUGAUGGUGGCUACCUGUUGAACGGGACAAAGAUGUGGAUUACCAACGGCCCCGACGCAGAUUUUAUCGUCGUCUACGCCAAAACGGAGCCCGAGAAGGCCUCCAAGGGAAUUACGGCCUUCGUCGUCGAAAAGACAUUCGAGGGAUUCUCCUGCGCACGGAAACUUGACAAGCUUGGAAUGCGCGGCUCAAACACCGGCGAGCUUAUCUUCGACAAUGUAUUCGUUCCCAAGGAGAAUAUCCUCGGCGAGGUGAACCGCGGUGUCAAGGUUUUAAUGGAAGGCCUUGAUCUGGAACGUCUGGUUCUCAGUGCUGGCCCCUUGGGUAUCAUGCAAGCUGCCCUCGACCUCGUCCUUCCUUAUACUCAUGUCCGCAAGCAAUUCGGGACGCCCAUUGCCCACAAUCAAUUGAUCCAGGGUAAGCUGGCAGAUAUGUAUACGAAGCUUCAGGCAUCGCGCGCCUACACGUAUGCCACAGCACGACACGUCGAUAAUUCUGCAUCCUUGGGUGAGGUGAACAUCCGGACACAAGACUGUGCGGGUGCGAUCCUGUAUGCGGCGGAGCGGGCGACGGAGUGUGCGCUUGAUGCUAUUCAGCUGAUGGGUGGCAAUGGCUAUAUCAACGAGAUUCCCGCGGGACGGCUACUUCGUGAUGCGAAGUUGUAUGAGAUUGGGGCUGGAACCAGUGAGAUCAGACGAAUGGUCAUUGGACGGGCGUUCAACAAAGAAUAUGCAUAG